AGUGACGGAUGACUUGCAUGGCACGAGAGUACCGAGUACCAGUGGACGACUCCCAGAGUUUAAGCGCCCAGUGGUUGUAGGUUGUUGUCUCGACUCUUCCCAUUCUCAUCAGCAUGAGCUCCGUGGCUCUGCGCCUCCAAGGAACCUCCUCAUACGCUGGGUCUCGAGGCAUUUCGCAUUCAUGGCGAGCAUUGCGAUCGGUUAGCAGCUUCCCGUUACUGCCGGGGUCUCCUCACGCGUCGACGUACUACGCUCGGCCAUUGGACGGGUCUUGCACGAGCAGGUAUAGUACAAUUUCCAUCGUGGGCUCACGGCCGAUUUCCAUGGGGAAUCCAGUGCAUGUAUCUCCACGCGCUGAAAAUGUCAAUUCGAAGCGUAUGAACCUGCUGUCGCACUUCAAAGCAUUUGCCAGGAAUUUUUCGAGCGGAACAGAGCCGCGCAUGGAGCCCAAGAUGAACUCGGUUCAAGUUGGAUCUCAAGUUCACCGCGCGUUUAUCGCGUUAGGGAGUAAUGUGGGAGAUCGGGUGGAAAUGAUUGAGAAGGCUUGUCUUGAGAUGGACAAGGCCAAUAUCAAAGUUAAGAGGACCAGCUCGCUUUUCGAGACGAAACCGAUGUAUGUGUUGGAACAAGAUACUUUCAUCAAUGGUGUCUGCGAAGUUGAAACUACUCUUGAGCCGAUGGAGCUUUUGAAUACUCUUCAGUCUAUCGAGAAUGCCCUGGGCCGAAAGAAGUUGAUUGACAAGGGCCCGCGCUCAAUCGAUCUGGACAUUCUACUAUACGACCAAGAAAUAUUCUCGCAUGAACGUCUCGAUGUUCCCCACAAGCUCAUGUUGGAGCGAGACUUUGUUCUCAGGCCACUCUGCCAAUUAAUCCCUCAUGAACGCCCUCCUCAGCAAGGCAAAAACGCACAAACAUACAGCGACCAUCUCAAAGCUCUACCACCACCAGAGCCCACGCCUCAGUCAACAACACCAAUCUCCACAGCCUUCCCAUCACUACACGCCACGGAUCCCACCCGGCACACCCACGUCAUGGCUAUCCUCAAUUUAACCCCAGACUCCUUCUCUGACGGAGGCACCCACUCCCCCACCGACUUUACCCAACUCACCGAAACAGUGCGCAAAUUCAUCGCCUCGGGGGCAACAAUAAUCGACAUCGGCGGCGAAAGCACCCGCCCAGGCUCUGUCCCCGUCGGCACAGACGGAGAAAUCGCCCGCGUCGUCCCAGCAAUCACCCACAUCCGCACGUCCAUCCCGGAAGCAGCCAACAUCGCCAUCAGCAUCGACACCUACCGCGCGCGCGUCGCGGAAGCAGCUUGCGCCGCCGGCGCAGAUAUCAUCAACGACGUCUCCGCCGGCCUGCUCGACCCGGAAAUGCUUCCUACGGCCGCACGCAUCGGUAAAUCCAUUAUCCUGAUGCACAUGCGCGGCACGCCGCAGACCAUGACGAAAUUGACCGAGUACCCGGACGGUGUCAUCACCGAAGUAGCCGCCGAACUACGCGGACGCAUUGCCGCCGCCGAGGACGCGGGGAUUCGGCGUUGGCGGAUCAUUCUCGAUCCCGGCUUGGGCUUUGCGAAGAAUCAGCCGCAUGAUUUGGAGAUAUUACGGGACUUGGAUCAAUUGAGGCGCGUUGAGGGGCUGGAGUGUUUCCCUUGGUUGAUGGGGCCGAGUCGGAAGAGAUUCAUUGGUCAUAUUACUGGCGUGAAGACGCCCAAGGAACGGGUUUGGGGUACGGCUGCGACGGUGUCUGCUAGUGUUGCUGGUGGUGCGGACAUUGUGCGUGUGCAUGAUGUACAUGAGAUGUGGCAGGUGGUCAAGGUCGCUGAUGCGAUCUAUCGUGUCUAACUGAACACGGGGCAUCCUUGUCAUGGUUUUUUUUCAGGUCGUUUGUUUUCAACAUUGCAUUAUCAGGCGAGGUGUUUUCUUCAUUCAUCAUGGAGUUUUCGGUGGAGGUCUUCAAAAUCCGGAAGUGUUGGUAUGCACAUGGAGUUGUGGGUAAGUAGUACGAGAUUAUAAAUACGAGAUUAUAAUAUCGGAGAAAUGUGAGAUGGCCGAGGUAUAUAGUCGGUUAAGAUGUUGGCCUAUCAGAAUAUACGAGUCGUCGUAUCUUGGCAUUGAUCUUCAUGUAUUUGCCACGCACUUUUGUCUAUAGCCGUAUAACAUCAAAAGGAAAAGGCUUCGAAAUAAAAAGCCAUGUAUUUUCUCAAUUAACUCAAAGUCCUACCAGAACACGCGCGGUAAAUGGGAACGCAGAAGGGGGAGAACAUAAAACGCAAACAGGGAAGAAUCUCAUUGCUGCAAAAAUGCGCAAUUGGGUCGAAGCGAGCACAAGGAGAGAUAAUUGUCAGGUCAAUCAUUGAUCACGCAGGGCCGUAAUUUCGAUUUGACCCAAGGGUCUUUUCACAUGAUGGGAAAGAAGGAAGAAACAAUGGAGAGUGAUGACAAGAGUGAGACAGACAGAGGGAUAUACGUCAGGCAUCACGGAGAAUAGGGGUCUUUGUAGAGGGGGAUCAAUGAGCUUGCUAAGUAUGCGAUGAGACGGAACAUAGGGUAAUCUGGGGGACGGUCUCGUCUCACAUUUAGCUGUUCAAGUAGUUGCGGAUGGCACCUUGAAGCUUCGUAGCUCCCUCGCCAACGAGAUGGGACAGGUUCUCGAUGUCAUCACCGGCGGUGAUGCCGAAGCGUCGGACAAAGUCCUUGGCCGCGUUCUCCAGGUCCCCGUAACCGUCAUCCAUCGCAGGAAGGUCAUCCUCGGGCCGGCCGAAGUAGGCAUUGCUGGAGAUCGAAGUGGCGCCGUCGAAUUCGGUAAGUCUUUGCUUGGCUUCCGCUUGAGCGUUGGGGUCGAAGCGCUCACGGCCAAAGAAUUCAUCCGAAGAGAUACCCUUCUGGGUACCGAAGCGAGUCUUCGCUUGGGCAAGUUCCUCCUCU